UGAGUGUGUAUCUGUGUGACAAGAGGAGGGACGAAGGUUGCACCUGUAGCUCUACACCUGACUGUCAGAGAGAGGGAGACAGAGAGAGAGAGAGAAUAGACUGUACAGGGGAGGACGAAGAAGACGAAGGGAAGGAUAGCAGUAAAAGGAUAAGAGUGGAAGAAGAUUUUGGAGUGGAUAUUGGAGUGGCAAUGAUCUGAUAUUUGAGUCGAUAAAUUUGGCUUUCCUAGCAGGGUUUCUCCCAUAAACUAUUAAACUUUGGGAGGAAGGCCGUCUCCAGAUCUCGACAUAUAUACAGGGCCCUCCAUUCUUCCAUCCCGCUCUCCCUCCUCUCUGUGUGUGUGUGUGUGUGUGUGGUCAUGGCUGACCCAUCGCCUGGAUGGUGGAAGCUGACCUUCCUACGUAAGAAGAAGUCGGAGCCCAAGGUUCUGUACGAGAUCCCAGCGGAGUACGGCAGCAACACCACACCCCACGGUGGAGCCCCCGGGCCAGUGGAGGGCGCCACAGAGGACAGCCAAUUGAACGCCCGUCUGGAGAGGAUCGUAGAUAAGACGGCCACCAAGGGACGCCAUGUCAAAGUGUCCCACUCAGGACGUUUUAAAGAGAAGAAGAAGAUCAGGGCCACGUUAGCAGAAACGCCCGAUCUGUUCCCUGGUCACGAGCCUAGCGACAAGAACCUCUGAGCUGGGAAAUGAGUUCACAUACACACAUGGAAACACACCAAAAAUCCACGUCUUUCUCUAUCAAACUAAUUCGUGCACACUCAAACACAGAAGACUUUCUCUGCCUCUCCCUCAAACACAUACGUUGGUCUCACCAUUUCACACGGUCCCUCUAUCACACUCAGUAACACGCACAGAGAUGAAAGGCAGUGCACCCCAUUGGGCCAUGACAUUUUGUGUCAAUCCAGUCAGAGAUCUCUGUUCUUUAUUCCCCAGAGAUCUGGGACUGGACUGAGAGUCUUUGUAUGCAUCUUAGUAUCACACUCUCUCUGUCUCUCCCAUCUAUAAUCAGUGGAGCAGUGGAAGAAUGGGACACCUGAUUCUCCCUGUCUGUCUGCUUCCUACCUAGGCCAUGUAUACCUAAACAGACUACCUUUAAUAAGGUGCUAUUAAGUAUUCAACAGAUCAUAGGGACAGGGGAGUUUCAGGUCAUGCAUAUUACACUGUACAGUCAUUGUACUGUACAGAAUGUGUACUUUACUUGUGCUGCUAAGUUUCGCGUCUGUUCAAAAGCAAAUAGGUAACGUAUGAAACAGACGUUGUUGUUUGCAUAACAGCUUUAUGACCUAGAGGGCAUGGUUACUGACUGUUGGAGGUUGACUGGUUUCCAUAGCAAAAUACUAUGUCACGUGUCAUUCAUAGACAUGUCACCUCAAAUAUCAGUUGUUCUAAAAUCAAUUGUUCUAAAACUAACCUGAGUUUUAAAACCUGAGUAUAUUUUGUCCUGUUUUUUCUUUUAAAUGUUAAGCUUUUUUAAAAAUACCGGUAGGCCUCUAUCUUUUCAGAAUCUAACCUCAAACUAGACAAACUUUUCAGUUUUUCUUCUAGUUGCUUUUUCUAAUGUAAAAGUGAAGGACUGCUUCAUAAAUAGACAGCCACGCUCCAACAUCACUUCUAUGCAUUUCUCCAGUGUUGCUUUAGUGUUUGCAACAGUCUUUUGAAGAUAUUGGCAGACACUGAAGCCAAACUAAAACCAGAGAUGGAAGAGGAAGCGAGGCACCCCACUUGCUGUUUUUUUUUUUCUGGUUUAAUGAAAGUCAAUGAAGUAAGUAGACCAGACCCAGCUGCUAUUGCAUUGGUGGCUAUGGUAGACACACCCAGUUAAGCAGACUGGAACUGACUAUUUAUUUUCGAUGGUAAAUGGCCUGAGUGAACUAUCUUCAUUUAUCCACCAUCUUCGCUAAAACUACUCAGGAGAUCCCUCCUCUACAAAGACUGAAAAAGUACAAUUCAUUUCAUUUUCACCUUCUACACUUAAUGACAGAAAUCCCUUUCAUUGAAAUUAUGCUGUACAUUUGGAAUCAUUUUGUAAAAUAAAUACAGACUUGUUUUAUAAUUAAAACAUAUGUCAGAUUUUA